CUCAAGCUCCGCUUCCGACUUUCUCACAGGCUCCACCUCCCGUCAAUCAAAGCCCAGAAACCCGGAAGGCGAGUUGCCCAAGUGCUAAGCAACGGCACAGGCGGGAAUUUUGAACGUUCUGGCACCGCCCCAUAUGCGGAUGGACCAAUCAGUGUCCAGCCGUCCCAGCAACUGUUUAUUCCCUCUCUCGCUCGGUUGGAUCUCCAGGCAGGAUCCGGAUCUUUCCGACCAAUAGCCGCUAAGAAGGGCGGGGCGUGUGCGCGCGCACCCCGUCCUCACGCCGGUAUGCCCCUCCUGCGGGCACUAGACUGUUAGUUACGCGGUUUCGUGCACGUAGCGACCCAGAGCCUCCAAGGCCAUGGCUUCCGUCGGAGCGAUCCCAGGCAGGACGCCGCAGGGCCCGGGGCCCGGGGCAGCCUCGGCCAGCUUUCCCAGCCUGGCCCCGGUGCCGGGCCGCGGGGAGUCCGAGGAGGAGGAGAACGAGCAGGAGCCGGCGGAGGUCUCUGGGGCGGUGUUGUCGCGAGCGGCAGGCGCAUGGAUCCAUCUGUGUGUCCUGUGGACUUCGGGAUACUUGGGCAUUGCCUAUUAUGACACUAGUGACUCCACCAUCCACUUCAUGCCAGAUGCCCCAGAUCACGAGAGUCUCAAGCUUCUCCAGAGAGUGUUGGAUGAAAUCAAUCCCCGGUCUGUUGUUACGAGUGCCAAACAGGAUGAGAAUAUGACUCGGUUUCUAGGGAAGCUUGCCUCCCAGGAGCACAGAGAGCCUAAGAGACCUGAAAUCGUAUUUUUGCCAAGUGUGGAUUUUGGUCUGGAGAUAAGUAAACAGCGCCUCCUUUCUGGAAACUACGCCUUCAUUCCAGACUCCAUGACUACCACUGAGAAAAUCCUCUUCCUCUCCUCCAUUAUUCCCUUUGACUGCCUCCUCACGGUUCGGGCACUUGGAGGGUUGCUCAAGUUCCUGGGUCGAAGAAGAAUUGGGGUUGAACUGGAAGACUAUAACAUCAGCGUCCCCAUCCUGGGCUUUAAGAAAUUUGUGUUGACCCAUCUGGUGAGCAUAGAUCAAGACACAUACAGCGUUCUGCAGAUAUUUAAGAGUGAGUCCCAUCCUUCAGUGUACAAAGUGGCCAGCGGACUGAAGGAGGGGCUCAGCCUCUUUGGAAUCCUCAACAGAUGCCGUUGUAAGUGGGGAGAGAAGCUGCUCAGGCUGUGGUUCACACGUCCAACUCAGGACCUGGGAGAGCUAAAUGCUCGGUUGGAUGUCAUUCAGUUUUUCCUCCUACCUCAGAAUCUGGACAUAGCUCAAAUGCUGCAUCGGUUGCUGGGUCAUAUCAAGAAUGUACCUCUGAUUCUGAAACGCAUGAAGCUGUCCCACACCAAGGCCAGCGACUGGCAGGUUCUAUACAAGCCCGCCUUCUGUCCAUUUCUGCUACAGACUGUGUACAGUGCCCUGGGUCUGAGGGAUGCCUGCCGCUCCCUGCCCCAGUCCAUCCAGCUCUUUCAGGACAUUGCCCAAGAGUUCUCUGACGACCUGCACCAUAUCGCCAGCCUCAUUGGGAAGGUGGUGGACUUUGAGGGCAGUCUUGCUGAAAAUCGCUUCACAGUCCUCCCCAACAUAGAUCCUGACAUUGAUGAGAAAAAACGAAGGCUGAUGGGACUUCCCAGUUUCCUCACUGAGGUCGCCCGGAAGGAGCUAGAGAAUCUGGACUCCCGUAUUCCUUCAUGCAGUGUCAUCUACAUCCCUUUGAUUGGCUUCCUUCUCUCUAUUCCCCGCCUGCCUUCCAUGGCAGAGGCCAGUGACUUUGAGAUUGAAGGACUGGACUUUAUGUUUCUGUCAGAGGAGAAGCUGCACUACCGUAGUGCUCGAACCAAGGAGCUGGAUGCAUUGCUGGGGGACCUGCACUGUGACAUCCGGGACCAGGAGACCCUGUUGAUGUACCAGCUGCAGUGUCAGGUGCUGGCACGGGCCGCUGUCUUGACCCGGGUGUUGGACCUUGCCUCCCGCCUGGACGUCCUGCUGGCUCUUGCCAGUGCUGCCCGGGACUAUGGCUACUCAAGGCCCCGUUAUGCCCCCCAGCUCAUUGGGGUCAGAAUCCAGAAUGGCAGACAUCCUCUGAUGGAACUCUGUGCCCGAACCUUCGUGCCCAACUCUGCAGAAUGUGGUGGGGACAGAGGGAGGGUCAAAGUCAUCACUGGACCCAAUUCCUCAGGGAAGAGCAUAUACCUCAAACAGGUAGGCUUGAUCACAUUCAUGGCCCUGGUGGGCAGCUUUGUGCCAGCAGAGGAAGCCGAAAUUGGGGCUGUAGAUGCCAUCUUUACCCGAAUCCACAGCUGUGACUCCAUCUCCCUGGGCCUCUCUACCUUCAUGAUCGACCUCAACCAGAUGGCGAAAGCAGUGAACAAUGCCACCAAGCAGUCUCUGGUCCUCAUUGACGAAUUUGGAAAGGGAACCAACACGGUGGACGGGCUCGCACUUCUGGCCGCUGUCCUGAGACACUGGCUGGCACUUGGACCCACGUGCCCUCACAUCUUUGUGGCCACCAACUUUCUGAGUCUUGUUCAGCUCCAGCUGCUGCCACAAGGGCCCCUUGUACAAUAUUUGACCAUGGAGACCUGUGAGGAUGGAGACGACCUAGUCUUCUUCUAUCAGGUGUGUGAAGGUAUUGCCAAGGCCAGCCAUGCCUCCCACACAGCUGCCCAGGCUGGGCUUCCUGACCAACUCCUUACUCGUGGCAAGGAGGUCUCAGACUUGAUCCGCAGUGGGAAACCUAUCAAGCCUGUCAAGGAGUUGCUAAAGGAGAAGCAAAUGGAAAAUUGCCAGACAUUAGUAGAUAAAUUUCUGAAACUGGACCUGGACGAUCCCAACUUGGACCUGGACCUUUUCAUGAGUCAGGAAGUGCUGCCUGCUGCCACUGCCAUCCUUUGAGAGCCCUUCCUUGGCCCUCCUCCACCUCAACCUGUCUCCUCACCUUCCUCAGACCCAGAACUCUCAGCUUUCCUGGAAAUUUUGUUUCAUAUUAGGAAUAAAGUUUACUUCAGAGAAA